CACUAGAAAUGACUCGUAAUCUCAUCGAAGAAAAAGAUAAAGGGGGCUCGAGAAUUCGCGUAAAUGUUCGAUGUAGAGAACAACUGGCCUCAGAGUCAUCGCAACCUUCUACUCUUACCAUUAUAAACCAGAAAGAAAUAGACUUUGUUAACGUUAGAUGCCAAAACGAAACACAAAGAUUCAGCUUUGAUGGUUGUUAUGGCCCUAAAACUUCACAAAAGGAAUUAUUUAAUAAGGAAGUAAAAGAACUUAUUACACAUGUCUUUGCGGGCAAUAAUAUAAGCGUUUUAGCCUACGGUGCUACAGGAGCUGGAAAAACUUAUACUAUGCAAGGAACUAAGAAAGAUUUAGGUAUAAUUCCAAGAACCUUAAAAAGACUCUUUAAGUUCGUUGGAGCUCACCAAGCUAAAAAAUUAUGUAGCUACUCAGUUACGUUGUCUUCUUUGGAGAUAUACAAUGAAGAAGUUUUUGAUAUGAUAGAUGUCAAGGGAAAAAGCUUGCCGGUUCGACAAGACAGUAACGGUGUAGUUCACGUUCUUGGCCUUCAUGAGCUCCCGAUAAAUUCAUUUUCUGAGUUUGAGGCGGCAUUUGACACCGCUCGAACUAAUCGCACAACGGGUUUUACUUUACUUAAUUCCGCUUCUUCGCGUUCACACUUCUUCAUAAUUGUCAAAGUCGAACGACAGUUGCUUGCUCAAAAUCGAACUUAUCAUGGUAAAAUUGUGCUUGUAGAUCUUGCCGGGAGCGAAGAUAACCGGCGAACUGGGAACCAAGGAAAAGCCAUUUUAGAAAGUGGGAUGAUCAAUAAAUCGCUGCUGGCCUUCAACACCCUGGUUGAGCAGCUCUCCAGCGGGAAGGGAUUUCCCAACUACCGGCAAAGCUGCCUCACUCGACUGCUUAAGGAUUCGCUCGGAGGAAAUAGCCUUUCGUGUCUUAUUGCCAACGUGGCUCAAGGAAAUUACCAGGACACUUUGAAUACGCUUAACUUUGCUAAAAAAGGGAUGAAGAUUGUAAAUACGCCGCUUCAAACCAUUAAUAUUAACAAACCGCUCAUCCCCGUUCAUGAUAUUAAAUGUGAGCCCCAUGUUAUCAGCUUGGAUCCAAACAAGCCAAGGCGGGUCUUAGUAGAAAAAGAAAAUAUUUGCCCGGGUGCUGAGAGGAAAAGGAGCCCAAGCAUUGCUGAAUUUACUAGCGGAAAGGUUAAUAGCUUGUUUAAUACUCUGGCGGACCAGUUGAAAGCUCCCUCGCAGCUGACGGACAGCUACAAAGCAUUAGUCAUGCGCUCGUUUGUGAAGGAGGCCGAGCACGCGGCGAACGAGGAAGACGCUAUUGCUUCUUACCAAAGAGCCCUUGUCUACUGUUGCAGCUCGGAACAGGCAGCAGCCAUCGCAGGAAAAAUUUUCGAAUUAAAGAAAAAUAGUUGCCCCGAUAAGAAGCGCAUGGAUAUGUCGCACAAGUGCUACGAAAAGAAAAACAAGAAGCUGGAAGAGGAGGAGAGCGCUGGUGACUGGGCGCCUCCUAUAAUUCCCCUGGCAACCUUCCCUAUAUACAAGGACGGCGGUAAUAGCGAUGUACAAAAGGAUAAAGAGAAGAGUGAUCGGAUAAAGUAUGUGCUGCGUGCGGCAGGCAUUCGCAUGAAACUUGAGGAAAAGCUGCUUGCCUUCGUGAAUGCUUCUGCAUCCGAACAGGAGUUGCAGAAGCUAAAAGGGAUCGGCAAAGUUCACUCAAAAAAAAUCAUGGAGUUUAAGGAGAAAAACGGCAGCUUUUAUUCGGUCGGCCUUCUCUGUGUGUGCAGUGCUGCGCUACCUGCCCUAAGGCACUGCUAUCCUUAUAGUUUGAGGACAUGCAGAGGAAGCUCGGGUUUUCCGAAAAAGCGAUAGCCUCGUUUAUCGAUAAAAAUUUGGGCAAGUUCAUAGAAAUCUCCUACUGAUGUUUAACCGUACGAAGUCCAGUGAUCCGUCCGGAUAUUGGCAACAAUAAACCAUUGUAUGGACUGGCCACGUGGCUUUAUUUGCUUGUCCCUCAGUACA